GCUCAGAAUGAUGAAGGUCGAGACCUCUGUUCAUGCCAACUGCACUCGAUAGUACUCGCUCAUUUCAAUUUCGCCAGCUUUUCAACGAUGCUCUCACACAGUCUCCUUGCUUCCCUUCGCGCUCGUUGCGCCGUUUCCUUGCUUGCGUCCUCGUCCACCUCCGUCCGAUCCCUCGCCACUCAAGCCUCGUCCACCAUCACAUCUAUCAGACCCAGCCGUGAUGAAAUCGUCAACAUGCGCCUCAGCCAAAGAUCUAUCCAAGCAGCCCUCGAAGCUUUACGGGCAGACGGGAUAGUCGUGGUCGAAGACGUAGUCAACAAAGAGGCGAUCGAUAAGCUCAAUUCCCACAUGGAGAAGGACACACAUACGCUCAUGGCACGAGGAGAGAAGGGACCGUUCAACUAUAACCUAGGCAAUCUACAACAGAGCCCGCCAUACGAUCCGGAUCUGUUCUCACCGUCGAUAUUUGUGAAUCCUUUCGGGAUACAAGUGACGAAUGCCUACCUUGGGGAACGCCCGACCAUGUCGUUCAUCUCGGCCAACUCGGCCGUGAAGGCAGAGGUGGGACAGCCAGUACAUUCUGAUGCUGACUUCAGCCAUCCAAGUAUUCCAUUUGCAGCUGUGGUUAAUGUCGGCCUCGUCGACAUGAACCCCAAAAACGGCUCAACCCAGGUCUGGCUCGGAACACAUGAUGGCACGGAUCUUUCUUGUCAGGAAGGAGCGCAUGGGGAGAGAGCCUCCGGUCGAAUCAAGCAGGAUUUAUUGGAUGCCCGGAAAUCAAUUUCUCCUCCAUUGCAGCCCACUAUCCCGAAAGGCUCACUGAUCAUCCGCGAUCUUCGAUUGUGGCACGCCGGUAUGCCCAAUACAACCGACGAGAUCAGGAUCAUGUUGGCAAUGAUCCACUUUGCGCCUUGGUACAGACAACGAAUGACCAUGAAGCUGCCCCGAUCUCUGCGACCCACACUAGAAGGAGUGGACCGGCUGGGCGUGGCGGCGGACUGGCAGGACGCAGAGGUAGAUCAUCUGGAUGCGCCGUAUGGGAAUGCGUUUGAUUUCAGCCAGGAUCAGUAGUGUUCUUCCAGCAUUGAACACUCUAUACACGUUCAUGAAAAUAUCCCGGGUCACCGUGAACACUGGGUUUAACCUCCACAACUUAACAAAACGUUGUCAGCCUCCAACCUUCCCUGGGCUAGGGGGCCACUCCAAGAAAUUUCACCAAUGGUUUUGUGGAUAGGGCGGAAACGCCCGCAUGGUCUGGGCAGUAAACUCGCUUAGUCCAAAUGUCCGGCUGCCAUCCGGUUCGGAACGAGAUAUUAUCAGAGAUAACAGCUGUGGCCCCUAUUAAUUAAUGUCCAUUCUCACUCCAAAAAAUCGAUGGCAAAUUUUACAAGACUGUCGUCUUACUUGCCAGACAGUAACGGACGAGACUCGUCUUUACCUAGUCAUUCAAACCUGCAUGGUUCUUCAUAACCUUUUGGUUGAGACUUAGACUUGGAAGGACUCGCUGACUACAUCUGAGGUGGACGGGGUGAUGAAUAUCGAUGAA